AUGGCGGCCACGGAGGAUGAGCGGCCGGCGGGGAGCGGCGAGGGAGAGCGGCUGGAUUUCCUGCGAGACCGGCACGUGCGGUUCUUCCAGCGCUGCCUCCAGGUCUUGCCCGAGCGUUAUUCUUCGCUCGAGACCAGCAGGCUGACAAUUGCAUUUUUUGCGCUCUCCGGGCUGGAUAUGUUGGAUUCCUUAGAUGUGGUGAACAAAGAUGAUAUAAUAGAGUGGAUUUACUCCCUGCAGGUCCUUCCCACAGAAGACAGAUCAAAUCUAAACCGCUGUGGUUUCCGAGGCUCUUCAUACCUGGGUAUUCCAUUCAAUCCAUCAAAGAAUCCUGGAACAGCUCAUCCUUACGAUAGUGGCCACAUAGCAAUGACCUACACUGGCCUUUCAUGCUUAGUUAUUCUUGGAGAUGACCUAAGCCGAGUCAAUAAGGAAGCUUGCUUAGCAGGCUUGAGAGCCCUUCAGCUGGAAGAUGGAAGCUUCUGUGCAGUCCCUGAAGGCAGUGAAAAUGAUAUGCGAUUUGUAUACUGUGCCUCCUGUAUUUGCUACAUGCUCAACAACUGGUCGGGCAUGGAUAUGAAAAAAGCCAUCAAUUAUAUUAGAAGAAGUAUGUCCUAUGACAAUGGGCUGGCACAGGGAGCCGGACUUGAAUCUCAUGGAGGAUCGACUUUUUGUGGCAUCGCGUCACUGUGUCUGAUGGGUAAACUAGAAGAAGUUUUUUCAGAAAAAGAAUUGAACCGGAUAAAAAGGUGGUGUAUAAUGAGGCAACAAAAUGGUUACCAUGGAAGACCUAAUAAGCCCGUAGACACCUGUUACUCUUUUUGGGUAGGAGCAACUCUAAAGCUUCUGAAAAUUUUUCAAUACACCAACUUUGAGAAAAAUAGAAAUUACAUCUUAUCAACUCAAGAUCGCCUAGUAGGGGGAUUUGCCAAGUGGCCAGAUAGUCAUCCAGAUGCUUUGCAUGCAUACUUUGGGAUCUGUGGCCUGUCACUAAUGGAGGAAAGUGGAAUUUGUAAAGUUCAUCCUGCCCUGAAUGUAAGCACACGGACUUCUGAACGCCUUCGAGAUCUCCAUCAGAGCUGGAAAACCAAGGACUCUAAACAGUGCCCAGAGAAUGUGCACAUCUCCACAUGACUGACUUCACUUAGGUCGGGGGCGGGGGGGGGGUUUGUAGCAUAACUGUAGCUCAAGGUUAAAAGCCAUGUAUAACCAAUGUGCUCUUUUUUUAAGAGGUAGUCUCACAAUCAAAUCUCGUGCCGAUGUCACUUUGGAAUAUGGUCUUGAGCCAGUAACCUUUGUACUGGGUUUCAAGAAAAUCUUUGUUGAAGUCUGAACCACAGUGGACUCUGUUGUGGUUCUUAAAUGUUUCUACUGUAUUUCUAAGAAGUUCUUUGGGGCAAAUUAACUAUAUGUAUGUAGGUUAUAUUUUUAAAAAACUCUACGAAUUGUAUCAUACUGUAAAAUGGACACAAAUCUUCAAAACAAGUUUACAGUUCACAUAGCAUCGAUAAUCCUUGGGUGAACACUUAGUGAUCAUUUAAAAAGCUUGAUAGCUGAUGGUAGGAAAUUGCUUUAAUGAAUUAAGUAUUUAGGAUUCUUCUUUGAAAACAGAUGAUUCCAUAAUUUUUAAACAGAAGAAUGACUUACUUUGUCUUAUUAAGUGUGCCAGUUAAACUUAUGAGGCCUACAUAAAUGAAAUUAACUUCAUAGCAAGGAUGACUAGGCUUAACUAAUACAGUAAUUUUCUAAAGGGACAUUGAUUUAAGAAGACUAUUAUGUAAUUGAGGGAAAAAUAAUUUAACUGUAUGUGAUUGUGAAUGAGAAAGUUUUGUGCUGUGUGGGUCACUUAUUUAGAUGUUGUGAGGGUGAAUAACAGUUGUGUUUGAUUUUAAUUUCAUUAGUUGCUUUUUCUUCUUUCUGGGGAGAAAAUAGUCAUCUAGAAGGAAAGACAUUGAGUGGUUUGGUUUAUUUUUCUGAAAUAUGUGAUACUGUAAAUUGUACUUUUAUAAGGGAGUUAUUUUUAGCUAUUGGUUUUUUUUUAGUUUGUUGCCUCCAGAGUGUGUUAGUGGUUCUGAUUUCAAAAUGACAAUUUUCUAAUUUUUUCAAAGUAAAUAAGUAAAACUCUCAGUAAAAAACCAGAACCACUAAAGUAAAUUUAAUGGUGCAGCUCCAUACAUGGUCAUUUAUAUUUUUAUAUUUUCAGGUAAGUGGAAGGGAAAUGUUCUGUUUAGGGGUUAAAGACUGGGGUGUCGCUUUUGUUCUUCUUGUUUUGUUCAUUCUGUGAACUAGCUAACUGUAAAGGAAAUCGUGUAAAAACUCAUCUUCAUUAGUAACCAAUUUAUCAAUAAAUCACAUCCAUCACUGUU